CCAGGUGGAGAGAACAAACACGUGGUACGUUUUUCUUUUCCAAUUUCAAAUCGUUUCCAUCCCCCUCUCCCCAACUCUUGUACGUUUUGUUUCCCUGCAAAGUAAAAGGAAGUCGAAAGGAGAGCUUUUUGGAGAUCAGCGUCCCACGAAGGCUGCAAUUAUAUAUCCCAAAGGAAGUAAACACGAGAUCUACUAGGCAAGGCUGCGGCGAAGGGCAGUGCUACAUAUGAAACAAUCAGAGUUCACCCGGAUUUGAGGAAGACCUGCCUGAAUUACUCUGCAUUUUUGUCGGGAAAGGCUUUACAAUUUAGUCCCGCCCAUCGUCGCAGAUGAAGUCAGAGCCUGGUCUGGGAGGAAGACGCCUGCUGUACCCUGCAGUUAGGUCCUCUCUCUCUCUCUGCAAAGCACCGCUCCAGGCCGGGGGCCGGGCUGAGACGGAAGCACACAACGUUUUCGCGGUGCGUAGGCCGCUCUCUUCCGAGCGGGGUCGCCUCUCUGGCAGCCGGCGGGUGCGAAGGUCGCCGCGCGGCGGAGCAGCAGCUCCCUCGGGGGAGGCGCGCUUUGAACCAGGCGCCGGGAGACAGAAAAGGAGAGCCAUGGGGAGCCUGAAGGAAGAGCUCCUGAAGCCCAUCUGGCACGCUUUCACCGCCCUCGACUUGGACAGGAGCGGUAAAGUCUCCAAGUCGCAGCUUAAGGUCCUUUCUCACAACCUCUGCACAUUGUUGAAUGUUCCUCAUGAUCCAGUGGCCUUAGAAGAGCAUUUUAGGGAUGAUGAUGAAGGACCUGUUUCUAAUCAGGGAUAUAUGCCUUAUUUAAAUAGAUUCAUCUUGGAAAAGGUUCAAGACAACUUUGACAAAGUUGAAUUCUAUAAAAUGUGCUGGACUCUGUGUGCCAGAAAAAAUCUCACAAAAAAAACCUUACUCCUUACUGAUGAUGAUGCUUUUAAAGUGUGGGUCAUCUUCAAUUUUCUAUCUGAAGACAAAUAUCCAUUAAUCAUUGUGCCAGAAGAGAUUGAAUAUUUGCUUAAGAAGCUGGCAGAAGCCAUGGGAUUAGGGUGGCAUCAAGAACAGUUUGAACAUUACAAGAUCAGUUUGGAUGCCAAUUGGGAAGGUCUCUCUGCUUGGGAACUGAUUGAGCUCAUUGGAAGUGGUCGGUUUAGCAAAGGGAUGGAUGGACCAACUGUGUCAAUGGGCAUUAAUGAAGUCUUCAGUGAACUUAUAUUGGAUGUAUUAAAACAGGGUUAUAUGUGGAAGAAGGGUCACAAAAGAAAAAACUGGACAGAACGUUGGUUUGUUUUAAAACCAAAUGCUAUAUCGUACUAUGUUAGUGAAGAUUUAAAAGACAAAAGAGGAGAUAUUGCACUGGAUGGCAACUGUACUGUAGAGGGCUUGCCUGACAAAGAUGGCAAAAAAUGUCUCUUUCUUAUAAAUAAUUUAGAGAAAUGUUUUGAAAUUAGUGCCUCCGAUAAGAAGAAGAAACAGGAGUGGAUUCAAGCCAUUCAGACAACAAUAAAUCUGCUGAAAUUAAAAAGCCCUUCACCUCAUAAAGAGGCAAGACAGAAACGGAAAGAAUUACGCCAAAAACUGCAGGCGGAACAAGCAGAAUUGGAGAGGCAAAUGAAAGAGCUCCAAAUAGCAAAUGAAAAUAAGCAGAAAGAACUGGAAACUGUCAGAAAGCAACUUGAUGAAGCAGCCGCUCGAGCGUCAGAAGAAGAGACAAAACGUCUGCAGACUCAGAUGGAAUUACAAGAUCGAUUCAAGCUUGAACUGGAGAGAGAAAAAAUGGUAAGACAGAAAAUGGAAGAACAGGUUGCUCAGAAAUCAUCUGAGCUUGAGCAGUAUUUACUGAGAGUCAAAGAACUUGAGGAGAUGUAUAAUCAACUGCAGGAAGCUUUGGAGGAUGAGAAACAAGCCCGUCAAGAUGAGGAAACUGUCAGGAGACUUCAGGCCAGACUGCUAGAAGAAGAGACAACCAAGAGAGCAGAACUGGAAAAGUGGCAUUUAGAGCAGCAACAGGCCAUUCAGGUGACUGAGGCAGAAAAGCAAGAGUUGGAAAACCAGAGGAAAAUGAAGGAACACGCUUUACAGGUCGCCAUGCAACAGUUGGAAGAACUGGAAUUAGAGAGGAGGCAAGCCUUUGAACAAUAUGAGGAGGUAAAGAAGAAAUUGGAAGUAGCAGCAAGUAAAACUAAAAGUUGGAAAGAUAGAGUAGCUCAUCAUGAGGGAUUAAUUCGAUUAAUCGAACCAGGUUCCAAGAAUUCCUAUUUGAUCACUAACUGGGGACCGGCGGCCUUCACUGAAGCUGAACUUGAGCAAAGAGAGAAGAGCUGGAAAGGGAAAAGGGGCACUUCUGAUUAGCAAAUGUGGCUGAAAUAUAACUGGGGACCGCACAGAGCAGGAAUCUGAUAAUUAAAUAAAUUAUUGUUACACCAAUUUAUUGCAUAUACUGCACUCUAGCUCAAGAUACUUCAGGAAUUUGAAUACAAAAUACAAGUUCUACCGCACAACAUGAAUUAUAACAGAAUUUCUGAGAGAGCUAAACAAAAGUUUACAUAAACUAUCUGAAUAAUUGUGUGCAGUUUAUGAAAAUGUGAAUGUUGCAAUUUGAAGUGUGUUCUUUUUAAUUUGGAAUUGGAUGAGUUGAAUGAACUAGAACACAUUGGAAAUAUGGUGAGCUUUUUUACCCAUAUUGUUGACCUAUGUUGAUUAGAAAACCAUGAACAUACCCACCUACUUUUACUAUAUCUGGGGCAAUAAAAACUUAUGUAAACAGUAGGGAGAUUGUUGUCUUUGGUAAAUCCAGGCCCAAGAUACAUGGAUAAACAUAGCAAUUUUGACCAAUAUAUCAGUAUAUUAAUGGCACAGUAUAUUAGUGUAUGACUGAAAUACUUUUUCCAUAUAAAUACAGAAUAUAUUCUCAAGUAGUAAUUUUGGAAUCUUAAUAAUUCUUUAGGAAGAAAAGAAAGGAAGAAAAAGAAAGAAAAAUUUGAACACCCCACAGCCUCCUUUUGAUUUUUUUUAUCAUUACACUAAUAGCCUGAAGACAGAUAGCUGAAUAUCAUUUUUGAUUUUGUUGAGAGUUGGUUAGGAUCUUGAUCCAGAAAUUCAUAGUCUAAUCUUGGCUAUGUGAACAUAUUUGUUCUGUGAAAAUAUGAAUAGCGUGAUCCAUUGGGUCAACCAAUUGAUUACAACUGAUUCAAAUUAAUAAUCUACCCUUGUUCACUAAAUUUCUUUAAUUUUGUAUAUAGUCCAAAUACAACUAAUAAUUGCUAAAUUAUUUUGCAAGUAAAUGUAGCAUUAAUAUAUUAGACUUAAAAGUAAUGAAGUUUAUAAUAUUAUCCGUAGAUUCUCUAUAGCUCAGUUAUUUCCAAAAUAAAAUAUUACUUUGAAAAAGAUCAGCUAAUCGUUGAAGUCAUUAGGACAGGGGUGUCAAACUCAGGGCCUGCAGGCCAGAUGUGUCACAUGCUGGCCCCCCCCCCCCCCCCCCCCCGUUUAGCAGAGGGGAAAAAAAUGACCCAAUACAUCAUGUGACACUGCUGUCACAAUGUGAGUUUGGCACCCCUGCAUUAGGGGAAUCCUGCAAAUGCUGUCAAAUAAGUGCCCAUUCAUUUAAUUAAAAAAUAUGGAACUCUCACAUAAGUCGACUUGAAAUUAGGAAAAUGUGCAGCUUGAAUACUGCUGAUUGGGUGGGAAGCUUCAAAAUUUGGCCCUUUUUAAGAGAAGAAGCUGAUAGGUAGGCAAAAUCCAUCUCAAACAUUCCCAGGAGGAAGGAAACCUGGAUUAUUUGUUUUUGUUUUUAAACUGUAUUGCAGUUUUAUUAAUGAAAUUUGGUGUUUUUUGUAAAAAAAUGUGCCUAGAAAGGUAAGAUACGAAAUAGUGAAAUAACUUUCAACAUAAGAAAUGAGCAACUAUAGAUGAUUACAACAGUGUUAGCUUCUUUGUGUAGUUUCUUUUUUUAGGCGUGAUAUUGUAUCAGUUCAUGGAACUGCCAUGAGUCUUGUCACUGAAGCAAUGAUACCAGCACAUGUCAAAGGAAAAACUAUUGUCUAAGCCUUGGGGUUUCCACAAAGAAUGGAAAUAGGCCCCCUCACAUUGAUGGAAAUAAUUUCUAUAUAUGCAAAUAGCCUGUCAGAAUUGGCAUCUGGAAGUUGGACUGUUUUAUGGAGCUAUAUCAAAGGGAGGCAUCACUGAAGAUUAUCAAAGUGAAGCAUCAAAUUGAGGCUUUGCACAAGUCUUCCUUUUUAUUUUGUUGCGUUUUACUAACUGAAAAGUGUUUAUAAAAUAACUUCAACCUGUUUAAUGAGUAUUAUAGUUUAAUACUAAGUUUUCUUAAAUGUGUAGUUACUGUACAGUAAUCAUGACUUUUUAUGCUGUUGAUAUAUAAACAUUCUAGUUGGAUAGGAACCAACAAUACUGUACUAGAAGCGUAUUCUGGUAUAUCCUGAGAAACCAGUUGAGAUAUAUUUAUAAUACCAAAACUACCAAAUCAUUACUGUUAAUUUACAUUUAAAAACUAUUUGUUGUGCUAAUUGCAAAUGGACCAAAUUAAGAAAUUGCCAGUUUUUCAUGUGUUCCAUUUUGUGUUUGCUUUAGUAUUUGUUAAAAUAAACAAGAAUAAUUUUA